UUCUGAGCAAGCCGUCCAUCGACGAAGACGUGUUCUCUCGUAUUCACAUCGGGGAAGUAGUUCGGGGUUUAGGUUUUAUCCUUGCAUUGCAUUGAACUUUGUUGAAUUGAGCAGCUGAUCUAUAAGGAGAUCAGUUCAGUUCGGGGAAAUAGUGAUUGUGCGUUGAUAACAAUUUCGUAAAGUUAUAUUAUUCAGUGCACAAACGUUUAAAGGCUUAGUGCCGUGAGAAAAGUCAGUUGAAAAAGUGUGGGAACCUACUGUGGAUGAUCAAUAAAACAAGAAACGAUUUCUCGUCAUAAAUACACAAACAACCACGCGCGGUAAGAAAGGAGUACGCGCGGAGCAAAAAACGUGAAGAAAGAGUUAAAAGAAAGCAGUUGAAAAACAAAACAUAAGACGGACGAUCGGCCUGGGAAAAAGAAACUGUUAUGUGUGAUUAAUUCAGUCGCGAGUUUUCGAACGUGUACGACGGUACUUGGCUGAUUUUGGAUUUUUCGGUGGUGCUAAAGCUUUCGAACACUAGUGAUCCUAUGGGUGUACUGAACGUGAUCGGUCACGGUGCCGGUGCAGCAGUCGAGUGCCAACCGAAGUGCAAGAAGAGCGAUAACAUUUUUUCGCCCAUCAAGAACAAGAUGAAGGUCCUCAAGAAAAUCAAGAAACGGAUGGGACUAGCUCCCCGCAGUGCGUCGUCCUGUCCUGGUCCAAACAAUCUGCCACCGCUUCUGUUCCACAACGUGCAUGGUGAUAAUAUUCGAAUUUCACGCGAUGGAUCCGUAGCUCGGCGGUACGAGUCAUUCUGCAAGGGAGUUACAUUCAGCGCUAGGCCAGUUCGUGUCAACGAGCGGGUGUGUGUUAAGUUCCUUGAUAUCUCAAAUAACUGGAGCGGAGUGAUCCGAUUCGGAUUCACCUGCAAUGAUCCAGCCAGCCUCCGUGGCAAUCUACCCAAGUAUGCCUGUCCUGAUCUGACGAACAAGCCAGGCUUCUGGGCGAAGGCACUCAAUGAACGUUACUGCUAUCGCAACAACGUUCUGUUUUACUACGUCACACCUUCGGGAGAUGUUCACUUCGGCAUUAACGGCGAGGAGAAGGGAGUGUUCAUCACCGAUGUUGAUGCCCGUGGCCCCUUGUGGGCUGUGAUUGAUGUGUAUGGAAAUUCUACAGCCAUCGAGUUCCUAGAUUCGCGCAUUUACAUGUUCCAACAGCAGCAACAGCAACAUCAGCAACCACAAACCGCACAAAGCCAAUCUUGUGGUCGUCGCUCGGCCGAUCAGGAAAUCGUACCUCACAUGGAAUCGCUCAGCAUCAAUCAACGUAACCAGCAGCUGUUGGAAGAACGUCCUGCUCCGGCCAACACCGUAGCUAACUCCGCAGCCAGCAUGCGGUACAACAGUCCAGCACCUGGACUUCUACCUCUUCCAUUCCAUCCAGUGCGUGGCCGAAACAUAAAAUUCUCGACUGACCGCACGGUCGCCACACGCACAGAAAGCGAAUUCUGUCAGGGCUACAUUUUCAGUCCCCGGCCAAUUAAAAUCGGCGAACGGCUAAUCAUUCAAAUUCUCAAAACUGACAACAUGUUCGUUGGAUCACUGGCCCUCGGUCUCACAUCCUGUGAUCCUGCCACCUUGCAACUAACCGAUUUGCCCGAUGAUUCCGAUCUUCUUCUCGAUCGUCCCGAGUAUUGGGUAGUGAGCAAGGAUGUCGCUUCUACGCUGGUUCGUGGCGAUGAACUCUGCUUCUCUAUUUCCGUCAACGGCGAGGUUUCCGUCAGCAAGAACGGUGGAGCUCCAUCUGUGAUCAUGCACAUCGACCAAAGUUUACAGCUGUGGGCGUUUCUGGAUGUCUACGGAUCGACGCAAAGUGUUCGCUUGUUUAGUCACUCUAUUCCUGCACCGAUGGCUGCUGCUUCCUGCUCAGCUCUGUAUGAUCCUCGUCCGCUUGCCUCUUCUGCCAGCCAACGUAGUCUACAGGUGCAACAGUCCGCGCAACCCCAACCAUCCCAAGCUAUACGAUCGGAUAUGAUCCAAAUAAAUCCAGGAGGCACGGUUCUGGUAGUGAAUUUGCCACCAACAGAAGUAAUUUCCUCUGCUGCCUCGCAACCAUCUGUCCAACAAGCUCAGGCCACAAUUGUGUCACGCGGUCUACAAAAUUCUGCAUCAACGCUAUCUGUACCCUUGUCGACACUCUCGCUUUCCUCGCAUACUGGUUCCACUGGAACCGGUGAAAUGGCGCCCGCAUACAAUUAUUCUGAGCCUCUACCUGUCUUCAAUAACGCAACCAACUACAACACGCUGGCGGCCGCCGGAACGAAUGCAUGCAGUGGUGGUAACGCCGGCUCCAAUGUGGCUCCGGCUCUCGCCACCGGGAUCGGUGCUCCAAUCUACAGCUCUACCGGCGUUGACUGCACCAUUUGCUUCGAGAAACCGAUCGACUCGGUGCUGUACAUGUGCGGUCAUAUGUGCAUGUGUUAUGACUGUGCGAUCAAGCAGUGGCGUGGGAUCGGUGGCGGACACUGUCCGCUGUGCCGGGCCGUUAUUCGGGACGUGAUUCGUACCUACAAAUCUUAAUUCCGGAGGCGCGUAAGCAAUUGGAGGCAGUCAGUUCCAGUUACGAUACCAAAAGCAAAUUGAAAUGUGAUUUUAUUUCCCAAAAAAAAAAAAGUAACGAAACCUAUGGGCAUCGAAUAGAGAAGAAAACAAUUUUGGAAACAUUCUGGUCAAAUUUACACUUAUAUUUUAUGCAAGUAAACUAUAAAGUAGUCAAAAUUUUAGUCGAGAGAGGUUCGUCGGUCAGGCAACAGCAACAGUUCGGGCAUUUGUUGGUUUAUUCUACGCUGUGCGCUAGAAGGCAGUCAAAUUGUUUAGGAAUUGUUACAACGGCGGCAUUUAGUUCCACUUUUUUUCAAAGUCGCUGACGAAUGCAUUAUCUAGUGUGUAAGAUAGUAGAAGUAAUUAAUUGAUGAUGACACCAAAAAUAACUGAAGUUCGCGGGAACAUAAGGAAAGCAAAAAAGGUAGAACAAUGAGCAAAUGGCCAAAUAAUCAUCACUUCCCAAUGGAACGUUGAGUGCGAGCGAGCCGAAAUGCAAACGAGUGAGAACAAUGGAUGGACACAGACUCAUAAUUAGAUUUUCAGCGUUUUUGAUUUGUAUCAUUCCUUUCCGGCAACAUCGUAAUUUCCCAUUAAUGAUCAGCUGGAUAUGUGAAAUGGUCAACAUGAAUAUUAAGGCAUAAUUUACAAAAUUAGUACUUUCUAGUCAAGAAAAAUUGAAUAUUAUUGAAGCGAGCGAUAACCCCAAAGGAAUAUUUAACUAAGAAAGGGAACCUUUUUUUUGCAAAUAAAUUAUUAACUUGCGUCCGUUUUUUUUACGAUUUUCCUAACAUCGUGUACUAAGGCCCUAUAUCCUUUUGUAUAGCAUAUGUACAUAUAUAAAUAUUUAGAACUUAAUUAAUAGUUGUUUUUCCAAAGGCAAACAAUGAUUCAAAGUGUGACUCUUUAACAAUUUGAUUGAACGAUUGACGGAUGCUGUGUGAGAGCGAGAGAACAAUACUUAUAAAACUAAAACAAGGAAAAGGAAAACAAACGAGUUGACACUUCUAUUAAUUUAUUGUUAUUCAACCAUUUACAAGUAGGCCAAGCAAACAUCAUAUUUUUGAAGUUAGCCAAAUGAAGAAAAUAAGAAAAAAAUACAACU